CGUCGCGGAGCUGUGAGGGUGUGAGGGUUACUUUACUGCGGUCCAGACCCUUUCUACCGCUGCUGAGACUCAGCCGAGUGAAAUAUGAGUGGGCGAGAAAGAAAACAUAGACCAUUACGACAUGUGCGACUUGUUCAGCUGACCAGGCCUGCUGAGCCCAGUGUGCCAAAGCCUCAACGAGAAGAACCACCAGCUGAAAGUCGGGAUCAUACACCUGGUCAGAAGAGAGAAGAAGAUCAGGGUGGAGCUAAGAUUCAAAGUGCUUGUAAGGUGCCUGAACUGAAAGCUGAUCUCCAGAAGCUGUCUCAGUCAAAGACUGGGGGUGAAUGCGGAGAUGGUCGUGAUGUACAGGGGAAGAGUGUGCCAAAAUCAGAGGAAUUUAAAAUGCCGGAAGGGGGUACGUUAUCCAUUAAGAUUCAAAAUUAUGUGCUUUCUUUAUUCCACAAUAUUAUACUUUUGAUAAUAAAAAGAGAGCACAUUACUGCCCCGUGAGAAACAGAGUUUAAAUGCA